AAUAAAUUUAAUGUCAAAUUGGAUGCCUGCAAAUUGGCUGUUGAUGAUGUGUUUCGUUUUAUUAUAACAAAAAAUUAAUAAAAUAAGUGAUAAUUUAUGAUGUGUAUACAAUUAUAACGUUAAAGCAAACAUGAAUUUUAACGCUUCAAGAAAUGUGUCACACUCUGGCCCUCGAAAGGCCAAGAGGGUUAGCGAUGUUAACGCAAUGGGGGCUCCAUCGCCGCUUCCUCCGUACAGUCCGAACCCUGGUUUCGGAGGUGCAUACCCUCCGGCGGGCCCACCUCCACCUUAUACACAGGGAAUACCUUUAGAUCCUGUACAAGAUUUUGGAGGGCAAGAUCCUACUGGCAGUUUUGGUUACCCGGGAGGAUUUCCACAAAGUCCAAUGGCAUCGCCUCAACAGAUUGGUUCCAUGCUGCAACAACCCAUUGUACAGGACAUGGCACUCCAGUAUGGAAACCAGCUAGCCGCCCAGGGUCGUGACGUAGUAAAGCGCGAGCUGGGCAAGUACCUGCCUGUCUCCAGGAUGAGGUACUACUUCGCGGUGGACACCAGAUAUGUGUUGCGGAAGUUACUGCUGAUUAUAUUCCCGUAUACUCAUAAGGAGUGGAUGGUGAAAUACGACCAAGAGACCCCGGUCGCCCCCCGCUACGAUCUGAACGCGCCCGACCUUUACAUACCCGCUAUGGGCUAUGUUACAUAUGUGUUGCUGGCUGGAUUCAUGCUUGGUCUGCAACACCGUUUCUCCCCCGAGCAGAUAUCUAUCCAAGCGUCCAGUGCACUAGCGUACAUAAUCUUCGAGAUGGUGCUCUACCUGGCGACGCUGUACAUCACGCAGACCAGCACGGCUCUCACCACGCUCGACCUGCUGGCGUUCUCUGGGUAUAAGUACUCGGUGAUGAUAUGUAGCCUGCUGGCGGGGCUGCUGCUUGGGGGCACCGGGUAUUAUUGCGUGCUGGUGUACUGUAGCUUCGCGCUGUCGUACUUUUUGGUAAAGACGCUCAGGCUACAGAUCCUGUCGGGCGGUUCACAAGCUCCCGACACAAGUUACAACAACUAUUCCAAUUACAACACACAAAACCCCUAUGUAGAUAACUGGUCGAAGCCAAGUGGAGGUGGAACGAAGCGAAGGGUAUACUUCCUGCUCUUCGUGGCGAUAACGCAACCGUUCCUGUCAUGGUGGCUCACAUACCACCUCGUACCACCCUCUGUGGUUCCUCAAGCACUAUAAUAUUGUUUAUCUGUGUCCCUAGUUCUAAGUUUGAAUGUUGGUACGGUUUUUAAUAAAUGUUGGCAGUAAAA